UUACUCUAUAUCCAUCCACACAUUCAUAACCGUUGCAUGUAACACAUUUCUUUUUCACUACAUUAACUCAUAUAUACUACCAUGGCACAACACAACUUUCUCAUCAUCGCAUACCCUAUCCAAGGUCACAUAAACCCUGCCCUACAAUUCGCCAAGCGAGUCAUUAAUUUGGGCGCGCAUGUCACUUUUGCUACCACUAUCUCCUUACACCGUCGCCUUGUUAACAAACCAAACAUUCCCGGUCUCUCCUUCGCCGCCUUCUCUGACGGCUACGACGACGGUUACAUACCAAAAGACGAUGCUGACAUCGUCUUCUACAUAUCCGAGAUCAAACACCGAGGCUCAGAAUUUCUCAAAAAUAUCAUAGUCUCCGCCAAAAAAGAAAAUCAUCCAUUCACAUGCUUAAUCUACACUCUUACACUUACUUGGGCCCCCAAGUUAGCGCGGGAGUUUGACCUCCCAUCUGUGCUACUUUGGAUUCAAGCAGCAACUGUUUUUGAUAUCUACCAUUAUUACUUUCACAAACACCGUGACUACAUCACAAACAAAUCAGAGGAUGCGGAGUGUUCAAUAGAUUUACCAGGAUUUUCAUUCUCUUUUAAAAGUCGUGACCUUCCCUCAUUUUUAUUGGCUUCAAAUAUAUACACUUGGGCUCUUCCAUCUUUCAAGGAGCACCUUCAAAUCCUAGAUGAAGAAACUAACCCGAGAGUACUUAUGAACACCGUUGAGGAAUUUGAAUCAGAUGCACUCAAAGAUGUUGAUGUUGGUAAGAUCAAAAUGAUACCCAUUGGACCGUUGAUUCCAUCCGCUUUCUUGGACGGUAAGGAUCCUUCAGAUACUUCAUCUGGUGGAGACGUUAUCUGUGUUGACUCGGAGGAUAAUUACCUUGAAUGGUUGGAUAUGAAGGGUGAAUCAUCUGUUGUUUAUGUUUCAUUUGGUACUCUUGCUGUUUUGUCCAAGAGACAAAUGGAUGAAAUUGCAUGUGCGUUGUUGGAUUCUGGGUUUCCAUUUUUGUGGGUAAUUAGAGAUAAUAAAUUACAAAAACAAAAAGAUGAAGAUGAUGCUGAGUUAAGUUAUAGAGUGGAAAUUGAGAAUAAUGUCAAUGGUAAGAUAGUGAAAUGGUGUUCCCAGGUGGAGGUUUUGUCGCAUAGUUCAUUGGGUUGUUUUGUGACGCAUUGUGGAUGGAAUUCGACCUUGGAAUGUUUAAGUUUAGGGGUUCCUAUGGUGGCGUUUCCUCAAUGGAUAGACCAAACUACUAAUGCAAAGUUAAUUGAAGAUGUGUGGAAGACCGGAGUGAGGAUGAAUUGUGAUGAGGAAGGGAUAGUGAAAGCUGACGAAAUUAGACGAUGUUUGGAAUUGGUUAUGGGAAAUGGAGAAAAAGGAGAGGAACUAAGAAGAAAUGCUAAGAAAUGGAAGAAUUUUGCUAGGGAAGCUGUGAAAGAAGGUGGAUCUAGCGAUAAAAAUUUGAGGAAUUUCCUACUUGAUAAUUGAAUGAUUAAGUGAAAGUAACUAUUAUUUCCUCUAUUUAGCUAGUGGGGUGCUAAUAUUAUCAAAAGAAAAAUUGUUAUAAUAACUCCCAAAACGCUCAACUAAGUUAAACUGCAAUUCUAUUUUUAAUUAGAAAGAUAGUGUUACUAUGUUGUUUUGUCAUGAUAAACCGUUCUAAGAAAUAAUGAGGUGAUUUUCCAUAA